UAAUGCUAAGUGCUAACGGUGCUUGAGUGUCUGUAGUGAACAGUAGUUAAUUACACUAGCAGUUCAUUUAUAUAUUUAUUAUUCUCUCAGAUGGAGAAUCCAGUGGAUCCUGAAGCGGAACCGAUUCGACUGAAAUCGUUAAAAACCAGAAGGAGCUUCGUUGUACCUCACACCGAACGGUUGGGGAAGUGCAGGAGUGUGAAAGACUUCGAGAAGCUGAACCGGAUCGGAGAGGGAACGUACGGCAUCGUCUACAGAGCUCGGGAUACACACACUCAGGAGAUCGUAGCUCUGAAGAAAGUUCGGAUGGAUAAAGAAAAGGACGGGAUUCCUAUCAGCAGUUUGAGAGAGAUCACACUGCUGCUGAGACUCAGACAUCCAAACAUUGUGGAGCUGAAGGAGGUGGUGGUGGGAACUCAUUUAGAGAGUCUGUUCCUGGUGAUGGGUUACUGUGAGCAGGAUUUGGCCAGUCUGCUGGAGAACAUGCAGUCUCCAUUCUCUGAGGCUCAGGUGAAGUGUAUUGUACUGCAGUUGUUAAAAGGUCUGGCGUAUCUACAUCACAACUUCAUCCUGCACAGGGAUCUGAAGGUAUCUAACCUACUAAUGACAGAUAAAGGCUGUGUGAAGAUCGCUGAUUUCGGUCUGGCGAGGGUUUACGGUGUCCCCCAGCAGCCCAUGACCCCUAAAGUAGUGACGCUGUGGUACAGAGCACCUGAACUCCUGCUGGGUACCAAAACACAGACGACCACCCUCGACAUGUGGGCGGUUGGUUGUAUCCUAGCCGAGCUCCUGGCCCAUAAGCCUCUGCUGCCCGGCACCUCAGAGAUCCAGCAGUUAGAUCUGAUUGUGCAGCUGUUGGGAACACCGAAUGAGAACAUCUGGCCGGGGUUCUCCAGGUUACCGCUGGUAGGUCAGUACAGUCUGAGGAAACAGCCGUACAACAACCUGAAGAACAAAUUCACCUGGCUAAGUGAAGCUGGACUACGUCUCCUCAACCUGCUCUUCAUGUACAACCCAGCACGCAGGUACCGUACAACACACACACACCACAGGUACUGUACACACCUGUAACCACUAACACUGCUGUCACAGCGCCUACUAGAGGCAGAAAACUAUAACAGUCCAAAAAUCAGCAACACAAGAUGUUUAAUCGUGUUCAGAACUCACUCUGUGUGUGUGUGUGUGUGUGUG